CGGACCCCAGCUUGGGAACCACCGGGUUUAAGCCAUCCCUCUCUCUGCAGGCUCCAUGCUACUAUUGUCUCACAAGGAGAGAGCGGGCUAUUUUGCAAAAUAAAGGUAGCCUAGUAUCCUGUCUCAGCCUCUACAUUGUGGUCUGAUCCUCUAGAAGCAGCUGGCCGGAGGUCUGAUCAGAUCAGCGGUAGUUCUCUCGUGCUUCCCCCGCGGACAGCGUCGCUACUCGGCGGUCGGAUGCUGGAAGUCCUCGCCGAUCAGAGAGCGCGCAGGGCUCGCAGAGAAAAAGGAGAAAGGAAGGAGGGAUAGGGGAGCAUUUUAAUACCAAAUCGGGACACAUGUUGAGUCCACCUCCCCCCUUCUUCUUCUUCUUCUUCUCCUCCCAAAUGCAUUUGUUGCCUCAAUCGCUUCUCCGGUACUAAUUACGCAGCGUCCGGAUCCAGCAGAGGCUCCGAGGAUCACCACUAACACACAGGGACCAUCAUGGAUCUCAGUAAGAUAGCUGUCAGCAUCAAUAAGGCCAUCAACACACAGGAGGUCGCUGUCAAAGAGAAGCAUGCCAGGACCUGCAUCUUGGGGACCCAUCAUGAGAAAGGCGCCCACACCUUCUGGGCAGCCGUCAACCGGCUUCCUCUCUCCAGCAACGCGGUGCUCUGCUGGAAGUUCUGCCACGUCUUCCACAAGCUGCUGCGAGACGGCCAUCCAAACGUGAUAAAGGACUCCAUGAGGAACAAAGCUGAUUUAACUGAUAUGAGCAGGAUGUGGGGUCACCUGAGCGAAGGCUAUGGGAAGCUGUGCAGCAUCUACCUCAAACUGCUCAUCACCAAAAUGGAGUUCCACAUCAAAAACCCCCGUUUCCCCGGCAACCUGCAGAUGUCAAACAGACAGCUCGAGGAGGCGGGGGAGAACGACGUCAACAACUUCUUCCAGCUGACAGUAGAGAUGUUUGACUACCUGGAGUGUGAGCUCAACCUCUUCCUGGGUGUAUUCAGCUCUCUAGACAUGUCCCGGUCGGUGUCAGUGACGGCGGCUGGACAGUGUCGCCUGGCGCCCCUCAUCCAAGUCAUCCUGGACAGCAGCCACCUGUACGACUACACCGUCAAGCUGCUGUUUAAGCUGCACUCCUGCCUUCCAGCAGACACUCUCCAGGGCCACAGAGAUCGCUUCCAGGAACAGUUUAAGAAGUUAAAGAGUCUGUUCUAUCGCUCCAGUAACUUGCAGUAUUUCAAGAGGCUGAUUCAGAUCCCACAGUUGCCUGAGAACCCUCCUAACUUCCUGCGUGCGUCAGCUCUGUCGGAGCACAUCAGCCCUGUGGUCGUGAUCCCCGCCGAGUCGUCGUCCCCCGAGUCGGAGCACGUGGUGGAGACAGACGACUUGGUGGACACGGACGUCCCCGUGCUGCCGCCUGCUUUGGAGACCAAGUUUGACGACCUGUUUGGCACCACGGCUGCUGCCGACCCCUUCAACUUCAACAGUCAGAACGGCAUGCGGAAGGACGACAAAGACCGUCUGAUUGAACAGCUGACGAGGGAAAUCCAGGCCCUCAAAGACGAGCUGGAGUCUUUCAGACUGGAGAGUGGUCGCUUGUGUCAGGCGCUGAGGGGGCGUGUCAACGAGCUGGAGGCGGAGCUUGCAGAGCAGAGCCACCUGAGGCUGCAGGCUGCAGGAGAGAGCGAGUUCCUGAAGGCGGAGCUGGACGACCUUCGGAGGGUCCGAGAGGACACGGAGAAGGAGCAGCGGAGCCUGACGGAGAUAGAGAAAAAAGCUCAGGCCAACGAGCAGCGCUACACCAAACUGAAGGAAAAAUACUCCGAGCUGGUUCAGAGUCAUGCAGACCUGCUGAGGAAGAACGCAGAGGUGACCCGGCAGAUGACGGUGGCUCGGGCAGCACAGGAUGAAGUGGACGCAGUGAGGAGAGAGAUGCAAGAGAAGGUGAAGGCCGCUCAGGAGGGUGCAGACAGACAGGAGAGGGACCAGCUGGAGCAGCUUCAGGAGCUCCAGAGAGAGCUGGUGUCCAGCAGGACGGAGCUGGACUCCCUGAAGACCACCAUGGUCUCGUCACAACAGGCUUCGAGUGAGGUGCUCGGCACCCAGCUGGUCACCCUGGAGUCUGAGAAGGCGGAGCUGGUGCAGUCCUUGUCAAAGGUGGAGGUGGAGCUGGCAGUCCGCGGGGAGGAGCUAGAGCGCGUCCAGAGCUCGCUGGCGACUGAGAGGGAGAGCGGGGUGAAGACGGCAGAAGCUCUGCAGAAUCAGCUCAAUGAGAAGGAGAGCAGGGAGCAGGCGUUGGAGAGCCAGCUGGUCGCAGCUCGCUGGUCCAGUCUGCAGGGAGCUGUGGAGGAGGCACAGAAGAUCAUCCAGGAUUCGCUGGCUCAGAUAGACGACCCGACGCACAUCAGCUGCACCAGCUCCGCAGACUACCUAGCAUCCAGAUGUCAGGCCUCUUUAAACUGUAUGGAGCGACUCCAAUCUGUCAGAGAGGCCUUCCUGGGUGACAACACAGGUGUAUCUGAGCUGGUACGAGUGGUGACCCAGUGUGGCCACCUGGUGGGCGACACCAUCGUUCAGGGUAGUGCCACCUCCCACAUGCUGCCUGCGGAGCAAGCUGAUGCCCUGUCAGAGAGUGUGAAGGCGUGCGGGGCAGAAGCGCUGGCUCUGCUGGACCAGAUGAAGCAGCAGGGCAGCCUGGCUGCAGCAGACAACGGCAAGCUGAAGGCGGCUCUGGAGGCCAUUCUGGCCACUGCAGAGAAACUGCGUCCUCGGGGUUUGGAGCUGCAGCAAGGGGAGCUGGGAGAUCUGGUGGAGCAGGAAAUGGCUUCCACUUCUGCCGCUGUGGAAUUGGCAGCUGCCAGGAUAGAGGAAAUGCUCAACAAGUCUCGAGCAGUUGAUACAGGAGUCAAGAUGGAAGUCAACGAGAGGAUUUUGGCCUCCUGCACGGAGCUGAUGCAGGCCAUCAAGCAGCUCGUUGUGUCUUCCAAAAAUCUGCAAAAGGACAUCGUGGAGAGCGGCAGGGGGGCAGCCUCCCAGAAGGAAUUUUAUGCCAAGAACUCCCGCUGGACUGAGGGCCUGAUCUCUGCCUCCAAAGCAGUGGGAUGGGGCGCCACGGUCAUGGUAGAUGCUGCUGAUCUGGUGGUGCAGGGCAAAGGGAAGUUUGAGGAGUUGAUGGUGUGUUCGCAUGAAAUAGCUGCCAGCACAGCACAGCUAGUGGCUGCCUCUAAGGUAAAAGCAGACAAAGAUAGCACUAACCUGCACCGCCUGCAGACGGCGUCCCGCGGCGUCACACAGGCCACCGCAGCGGUCGUGGCCUCCACCAAGUCUGGACAGUCCCAGAUUGAGGAGACAGAUACAAUGGACUUCUCCAGCAUGACUCUCACCCAGAUCAAACGACAAGAGAUGGACGCACAGGUCCUGGUUCUGGAGCUGGAGACUCGUCUGCAGAAGGAGCGAGAGCGUCUCGGCGAGCUGAGGAAGAAACAUUACGAGCUAGCCGGGGCAGCGGAAGGCUGGGGCGAGCAAGAAGAGGGUUGAGACCUGCCACUCCUGUCGUCCCCCUCCUCCACCAGAAGACCGGCUUCUGUCUGCCUCUUUCUAUUUAUACACUCUUCACUCUUCCUCGGUUUCUUCUCUCUCUUGUUUGUUUGUUAUCUAAGCCAAAUUAAAAGGUGCUUCUUUUUCUAAACCUGCUCCUCCACCCGCGUCCAAACGCUUCCAUAAAGGACAGCAAGGGCUCAGCGACGGGGGGGGCGCCGAAAGGGAGGAACAAAUGGAUGUAAGCCCGUCUACAUGGCGUCACGUCCCCCCACCCCCACUGCCCUGCCUCUCCCCCAGGACUGUGUUGGUGAAAAGCUGUAGAAGUGAAGUGGAUCCGUUCUAGUAUUUAUUGUCUGAUUCUUCCCCCUGUCGAGGAGUCGCAGUGGAGACGCUACGAGCACAACAAGACAUCCCAGGAUGCACUGCACAAGGGCCAAACUAUCAGCAGCAGGAGGGGAGAUCAGUGACUGUUCUUGUCCCCAAAUCUCUGUGUGACAUAAAUGGCAUGCUCUCCGACUAAAACAAGUGUUGUAAAGCUGUGGGAGCCUGAGCUGCUCUUUAUCCGUCUCUAUAUCUUCCUCCCCUAGUUUCUUCCUAUUCUUUUCUCACUGUGAGUUAUCACCUUAUCAAGUCCAUACCGCUUCACCGGCUGGUUCACUGGACUUUCUGCCUUUCACCUCUCCACCAUUGUAACGACCGUGACUGUUUACUCGAGCCAACCUCCAUUUUUUUCUUUUCUUUUAACAGACAUUACAUGGAAACUCUUAAAACCGCUCCAAACUGGGGAGUAGUUUCAGAAAAGGAAAGUAGCACUAUUUACUUUUAUUUCUCUCAACAGUCUUUUCCCCCUGUGAGCGUCAAGACUGCCAACUACCUCAUGCUACAUCGUCAGAGGUAGCGGUGCAUCAUGGGUAGGACUGAUGAGAGACAACACUAAAGACACAGGGUCAUUUUUGUCAUUUUUCCCUUUUUUAUUGGUUAAAGGGAAGAAAAGAAAAACUUCUUUUUAUAUAGAAUAAAAGCAGUCCAAGUCUGGCAAAAAAAAGCAAAAGUUGUUAAAGGUUAAGACCCUUAUUGGUGCAUAUUUUUACAAACUUUGGUGAUCAAGCAGCACUACAACAAACCUGCCACAGAAGCAGCAGCUUUGGAGGUGCAGCUGGGAUCCAGUCGCAUAAUGAACUGCCACCGGUGUCGUCGUCGUCUUCUGACAGACGGCUAUCCAAGUCGUUCACUCGGUUACUUCCUGGAGACGUUAUGACUCUGCCAGCGGGACCACCGUGGUCCCGGUGAGGAGACGGGACCGCCCCGCUCAGUCAGAGAAAAUCUGCCGGAGCAACAAAAGGAAAUCCUAAAAAGUUUAAUAUUUUUGUUCGCUCAAACUUGAAUGUCAGUUUUUGGGACAUUUAAAGCUGCACAAACCUUUAUUCAUGAAAUGUUUUAUCUGGUUUCAAACCCCCUGCAGGACUGACGGUUGCCUACAGUUUUAUAAAUCCUUCACUAACUAACAGUCUGCAUUGCCUCAACGGACUCUCUGAGUGUGCAGCACACGGUGACUGCAGUGUUUUUCAAUAGCUUCCUAAAGACCAAGUAGCUGUGUAUAUAAACUACAAGCCUUCUUUUGUUGGAAAUAAUCUUUUUGCUUUGUUUUAAUCUAAAAAAGCAUUCAAUAGAAAUUGCAUCUCUCCAAGUAAGGAUUCAGUUUAAAUGAAUUGGGGAUUCAAAAUGGUGCACAUGAACACCACAGCAGAGAGAGAGGUUGUUCAUUUCCUACUGAGACUGAUGGACUGACGUUCAGCAGACUGAUCAUGCCUUCGUGUGUAAACCAUGAGAUUAGUAGGGGUCCGUUUUUUAUUUCUUCUUUCCGUUUGAUGACGACCAUGAUGAAUCUCUUGGAGUUUGUCUCUCUCUGUGUCUUAACAUACUUCGUUAAGCUUCAGCAGUGUAUCUAAAAACAAAGUUGUGACACUGGUUUAUUUAACAGACGCUGGUCAAAUAGUAUUUGCCAAUAAUUCUUAAAAACUAAACCACUUGCAGAAGCAGAUGGGUGCGUCAAAAGACAGAGAAAAGUGUUCAUCUGCUGCUCCAAGCAGGUUAAAAACAAACAGCUAGUGUUAUUUGCAGUACUGUCUGGUCCAGGUCUUUGUAUUUAAUAAUAAUUUUAGCUGUUUUCUGUCACUUCUUCCACACUUGAGUAGUUGGUUUCAUUAGAAAUUGGAAUAUAAAACAAAAAAAAUGCCAUAAAAAUAACUUUUUACGGCAUUUCAAGUGUCUCAAAAGAUGAAUUGAACGCACCUUGAGUGAUGUUUGGUUGUAUUUAUGCCCAAAUAUUCUUUAUUAACCUCUCUCUCUCUCUCUCUGUCUCUCUCUCUCUCUCGGGUCUGUGUCUGUAGUCCGACCAGCUCAGCCAGCCUUUCAAACUGCCUCACACUGUAGUCAAAGAGAAACAAAUACUCACAUAGCAACAUUGAAAUAUGUCUUUGUAUGAUAUACUAAAACUAUGUUGGUGGGUUUGUUUUUAUUUUUUCAGUUUUUAAAAUAAAUAUUUCAACUCGUUAAUACAGAGCCA